AUGGAAGACGUUGAUAAGAAUCCAGAAGAGGCGUCGAAACCCUCUGAGUUAUCCGGAAAGCAGGAGGCUAAGGAAGGGGUCUCCACACGAGAGGCUGAUGAAGACCCCAGAGCUGAGGUCCAUGAGGAGGCGUGGGAGAGCCUGCCUCAGGAGGAGGAGGACAGUGAAAUGCUAGAGAGGCAGUCACAGAGGAUGGAGAAGAGGCAGAUGUUUGAGGCUGCAAAGCUGAAGGUUCUGGAGAGAGAGCAUCAACAGGUCCAGGGCACCAACAUGGUCACAAAGCCAAAACAAAUCAAGGGGAAGUACGAGGAAAAAGUACACACCUUCAACAAAGCCCAGUUAAAGAAGAGGGCCGUCAGCGACAUCUUUGUGUUCAAAAACCUGAAGUCUACCAGUCAGAUGAAACAGCUUAAGAAGAGCCAGUGUGUACUCCUAGAAGGCAACCAGAAAAAUGAACGUUUGGAGAAGAAAAUCAAGCACAUUGCACAUGCUGAUGCUCGGAAAUUUAAGGAGAUGUGGCUAACAGUUGAAGAAGAGGUGAAGCAGCUAGUUGAGAGGGCUUUAUUAAUGGACUCGCUGAUCUGUAAGGAGCACCUUGGCAUAGACUGGGAGCCACCACCAAUGGCCUUCAUGGAUCACUCCGGUCCCAUCCAGCCUCAGACACAGACCCGUAGGCCCGGCCACCAGGCCGUCUCCCAGCUGUGUCAGACUGGAAAGGCUUCGCAGUGCAGCACGGAAAUGUGCAAGGAAGGGAGAGCAGUGCAGAUUGAGAGUGAUGCAGAGAUGGAGGAAGAGAAGUUGUCUAUGGAGACACUGAAGCAAGUGAUGGAGCUGCUGUGUGAUGAAUCGGGCUUCCUGAUGGAAGUUAAACUCCUGAAGCUGCUGGCUCCCCUGGAGGAGGAUGAACAGACAGUUGUGAAGCUGGGCUCUCUCCUCUGUUCCUGCGGCAUUGGCGACAAGGAUGUGCCCAAGUUGGCUCAUUUCUUAUUAAUGCACAAACUGCAGCAGAGAGACCUUGAGUCUUUGACAAACAAGAUCAUCGAUGUUUGUGGUGAGCCAGGUCAAUCCAGCGAACAGGCAGAGGCAGUGGAAACCAGCUCCACGUCCAGUCUGACCUCUGACCUCAACGAUCCUAACCAUGUCCUUCCUGCUCUUAAAAGUUUCCUCAAGCAGCACAUGAGAUCCAGGGAAAGCUCAGGUCACCAACAGACCAGCUCUCUGCGAGUAGAAGCCCGGGAUAGGUCAGAAGACAAAGCCUACUGGGAAAGUAUGGGCAACAUCAUCUCUGAGGACAAAAUCAAACUCUGGGAUGCAGCAGAGAGCUCACUAAAGCAAUACCUGUCCAUCCUCACAGACAUCUCUGAGCUUGUCCCUGAGACUGAAAGUCUGAGGCAGCAGAACACAGAGCUGAAGAUGCUGCUGCAAAAAUCACUCAACCCAAGCGGAGGUGAGCAAAGAACUGGAUAAGCCAUAAACUGUGAUCAACGUGGAAUCAGCAGAACAGGAACAUUUAUGAACAUAUGCAUUAAA